AAAAGCUUUGUAAAAUGCUGACAGCUAAGAUAAUAUUUAUCUACCACUCAUCCAUCUCAGGGUUGUGAGUGAUCUGGAGUCUAUCCCGGCUGCCACAGGGCAAAAGUAUCUCCUGCUCAUUGCCACUUUGAAAGAAAAGCCCUUUAUUUUCAUGUAUAUAUUAUAUACAAUUGAUCAGAACUGUUGUAAAUGGCAAGUAAUGAUUAUAGGAAUCACUAAUCAUACAUUUUUUAAUGGAAUAUAGUUGUACACAAAAAAAAAAAAAAAAAAUCCAAGCUUAUCACAUUAAAAGCGAGACUGAACGUGCAUCUAACAUUUAAAGCUGGCAGCAGAAAAGAGUCACAAAUCUAUUGUGAUACAUGCCAAAUACAGGUUAUUGACUACUUUUCUUUGCACAGUAAAGAAAAUAUGUUUGUCAUAGAAUAUUAUUUGCCCGUGCAUUACAAAAUGAUUAGAUGCUAAAGAGCAGCUUCUUUCUAUAGUAGUUCCAUAAAUUAAUAUUUUUUAUCAGUUAGAAUUAUGCAAGAUUAUGUGCUGUAAAGAGGAGGAUAUCUAAAACUGUUCCAAUUCUAGUUGGUACACUUAAGCACUGUUUUUUUUAAGUACUUGGCAAGUAGGUUGUUCCAGCAUGUUGGGGAACUUCCCACACUUCUCCUGCGGUUUUAGGCUGUCUGCAUUGCUUCUGUCUCUUGAUAUAAUCCUAGACUGACUCGAUGAUGUUGGGAUCAAGAGAAUCUGUGUGGCCCAGGCGAUCUGUUGCAGGACUCGUUGUUCUUCUUGUCACUGAGGAUAGCUUGUGACUGUGGCUAAAGGUUUGGGCUCGGUGUCAUGCUGGGUGACUUCACUUGGAACAGCUUGUCAGGAGGCACUGUUGGCCUCAAGCCCGUCCCCCUGCAAAGCCUCUCAGAAUUGGAGAGGGUUCGUCUCCAGGAUGUGGCCUUCAAGCGAUUGCUUCGGUGUCAUGACCUGGGCUGCCACAUCACCAUCCCUAAAUAUGGCCACAAGCACAAGAAGACACUCAGGAGGAAGUUGGAUUCAUUAUCUAAAGAGAAGAGUAAAGACAAAGACACCACGCCACAGGCGUUUGGCAUACCACUGUCGCAUGUCAUAUCCAACGACCGCAUGCACAAGCUGCGGCACGAUCACCCACGGGAAGAGCACAGUGACCCCACUGAAUUGAUGCUAUCCUUCCUUCAUCUUACAUCUAGCUACAAAAGGGCUAACAAAGAGCUCUCCAGCAGCAACUCGUCACUGAGCUCCACUUCUGAGACCCUUAAUGAAUCACCACUGCCCAGCACACCAGACAUAGCCCCACGGACACGCAGACGGGGCGGAGUGUCUGUGGAUUGCAUCACUGACCUUGAUGACAACCAGUCUCGGCUCUUGGAGGCACUCCAGCUGUCUCUGCCAGAAGAGGCAGCUGGCAACACGAAGAAGCACCAUGACGAAAAGCUCAGCCUUAACCCUAUUUACAGACAGGUGCCCAAGAUAGUGGACCAGUGCUGCCAGCACCUGGAAAAAUACGCCCUACAGACAAUUGGAAUUUUUCGUGUUGGGAGUUCCAAGAAGCGAGUACGACAACUUCGUGAGGAAUUCGACCAGGGAUGGGAGGUUUACAUGGAUGAAGAGCACAGCGUCCAUGAUGUAGCUGCAUUGUUUAAAGAAUUCUUAAGAGACAUGCCUGAGUCACUGCUGACAAAAGAACUUUAUACAGCCUUCAUCAAUACAAUGUUGCUGAAUUUUUUAGAGCAAGACAGUGCCAUCCAGCUCCUGGUGUUUAUGCUUCCUCCCUGUAACAGCGACACGCUACAGCGCCUCCUCAGCUUGUUGUCCACUGUGUCUGCACAUGCUGAAGACAGCCUGGACAGUGAGGGACAUAAGGUUACAGGCAACAAGAUGACAUCGCUUAAUUUAGCUACCGUCUUUGGACCCAACCUCUUACACAAGCAAAAAAACUCAGACAAAGAAUUUGCAGUAGAGAGUUUUGCCCGUGCAGAGGAGAGUGCAGCCAUCAUCGGCGUUGUCCAAAAGAUGAUCGAUACAUAUGAUACGCUGUUUAUGGUGCCCCCUGACCUGCAGAAUGAGUUGUUGAUGAGUUUGCAGGAAACAGAUCCUGAUGUGGUGGAUUAUUUACUGCGGAGAAAGGCCUCACAAUGCUCAGAGCCCAGCCUUAGGUCAGAAGAGUCGUUCUCUCUGACUGACAGACGCUUGUCCAGUGACUCACACAAGCCAUCUAGUGGAGAGGUUUCCCCCUAUGACAAUAACUCCCCCGUCCUGUCCGAUCGACCGCGGUUUAAAUACACAGAGGACGGCAGUCUGCUCUCAGACAGAGUUCCCAGACAGGACAAACUCAGAGACCAAUCAAAAGACAACUCUGGCAGUACCUCCCCUACACUUUCUACUGACAAAGAGACCUCAGCUGACAGUUUCUGGGACACCUGGCAUGAGCUGUUCGGAAAGGAUUUCACUGGCAUCGCCGGAUACCUUGGAGACGUGUCGGAAUGUGACUCAUACGGCUCAUCCGAGGGGCUGAGCAGUCACCAAGGUAACAACAAGCUGCCUGUCAGUGCAACACAAAUGUCAUUGGGCGUUUCGGAAUGCAGGCCACACCCUCCGGUGACUCGCUGCAGCAGUGGUCCUGAUGACCAAAGAGAGCAGAGACAUCCAGAAUCGUUAUUAUUACAUCAGGCAAUGAGCAGCCAAUCGGGAGCUGUUAGCUCAGACAACUUAGCACAAAGGACAGGAUGCACUGAAUGUCCAUUACUCCAGGUCAGGACUGACAGUUUAUCUUCCCUUAACUGCUCUCGACCUCUAAGAGAGACUCAUAUUUCUCACUCCACACCCUCCCUCUUAAAAUCUCAGCAUGACCCCCAAAUCCCACAACAGUCCCAGCAGAGCGCUGACUUCAAGAUUGUAGAUACAGCAGAUGCCACUGGGCCUGGAGAGGAAAAAGGCCCUGAUUCUUCAAACUGGCAGAAAGAGAGGUGGCAUAUAUGGAAGAUGAUGUCAAAAGAAAAUCCAGAAGCUCUACCAGAAACGUUGGUGUGACCCACUCUUAACUGAUAAGCAGACUGUGGAUCAAUGUUUUAUAAAAACAUGUGCACGUCUCCUGUCACAUCAUCAGGUUAUCAUUGUGUGCAGUUAACAUUAUCAGUUGAUUUUAGUGUUUUAUACUGAAUAUAAAAUGCUAAAUGAUAUAUACUUGUUAUUGUUAUUUUGCACUAACUAUAUAGUUUAAGCAUGAUUGUGUAUGUUUUUGUAUUUUUUUUUAAAAAGAACCAUGAAAAACUUGUAUGUAGACUUGAAUGUAAUAAUUGGACUUGAAUAUUGUUUUAUAUUAAUGCUGAAUGUAAAUAUAAAAAAAUGUUUUUUAAUAUUUCUUUAAAUUUAUAGCAACCUAAUCUUGACACAUCUGUAAAUGCUGCAAUAAUAUGUGUGUCUUGAGUUCAUGGCUCAUUGUUUUUUUGUAUUUUUUCUUUCAAGAAAAUGCUUACAUUUUAACAGAAGUUCGUCAGCUUACCAACACUCCUAAUUUUGUGUUUGCUACAAAAGAAAUUAUUGUUAAGCAGCAUUAUUUGCAGAUAUGAAUAUAUUUAAUAUAAGUUUACAGUCAUUUGUAAUUUAAUGAAAAACAACUUUCUCCAGGUGUCUCCUAAUAAACAGACUAAGAGUUGUC